AUGGUUCAAGCAACGGGCGACGAGCGCGCUGUUCACCUGGCACGGGAGGCUGUCGAGUUGGUUGACGCCGGCCACCGCGAGGCCGCAUCGCGCAAUCUCCGAGAAGCACUUUCCAUCGCACCCGAUCACCCAGAUGUCAAGGCCGCUUUUCUCAAAAUCCAGCAAGAAGAAGAAAAUGGCCACCCGCUCCUAGACGUCUGCCGUCGUUACACCACUCGCAAGGAUGAAUCUGCCGGAAAGGAAGCUGCUGCAUAUCUUCGCACGGAUGGGCUGAAACCCCCGGAGAAUGUGGCGCUCGAGUCGUUGAAGCUGCUGUUAGGACAGCGGGCCCAUGCUCUGUCGGCCCUCCAAGACGAGAUCAUCUCGGGGCUUGUGCGACAGAACGCGAGCGUUCGCCAACACUUCUCGAAUGAGCUGCAAAUCUCCGUCACCACUUUUUUCGAUGAGAUCUACGAUCGUGGCGAUGGGGCCGCUGUCUGCUUGGACACGGUGGUCUUAGACCCCAAUGUAUGGCCCUCAGAGGAAGCUCGCUCCCACUGCGAGAGUGAGCUGUUCCAGCUGUUUCUGGCCAAAUUGAUGGAAUCCGGCCAUGAUCUGGACGGACGGGCGCUGAAAGGAAUCACCCGACUGCUCGCGGUGGAUGCAGACCGACUGCAGCAUUUGAUCGAUGACGAGUCCUUCGAGGUCAUUCUUACCUCCCUGGACCACCGACUCCCGCUGGAACUCCGCAGCCAAGCCACGUUGGCAACGGCUAAAUACCUGGAAGUGGCCAAAGAGGCCGGCGAGAAACAAUUUGCGGCACUGAUCACGGCUAUGAUCAGCAAAGGUCGCCUCGACGAUUUGAUCAUUGCAUUUUCAGCGGUAGCCGCCGUCUUCCCUGUCUCCCCGGCUGCAGCCGCCAACGUCUUCCUGUCAGACGAAUUCAUGAAAUCCUUGACCCCCUUGGCCACACGGGAUGCGAAGCGUCGCAAGGUAGAAAUUUCGGUCCUGGAGCUGCUGAACGCAGCAUGCAUCAACCGCUCUUGUCGUGAAGCCAUCACCAAAAACUUCUCGGAGUGGCUUUCACACACUCUGACCAAUGGUAGCGAUGAGGGCUCGGAAUUAGCAGCGGUUGUUCUGGCCAAAGUCAGAGCCUCCGAGACUACCCACUCAUCCACCGAGAAUGGUAAGGUCCAGGAGGAAAGCAUAGAGGUUUCUGACCUGGUGCAACGGUUUAAGGGACUGAUGUCUGAACCCAAGGUCGAAAAUAUCUCUCACGCUAUUGAGGGAUUAGCCUACUCUUCGGUCGAACCAUCGGUGAAGGACCAGCUCGCCAAGGACCCUACCUUUUUGCGCGACCUGAUCGGUGUGUUGAAGACGCACACCACCAACACCUCGGUGCUCUACGGCGGUCUGAUGAUCAUUCUGAACCUCACCAAAUUCCUUCCUAACCUCUCCGACGAGCAGAAGAAGAUGUCGCAGCUUAAGGAUUAUGCGGAUGCCUCUACCGGUCAGGCGAGGGCCCCCAUCGACCCCCGAGAUGAGGAUGAGCGGGUUUUGACUCGCUGUGGUGCGUUGAUUGACGCGGGAGUCGUGGAACUCCUGGUCGAGUCCGGUCGGGUCGCCAUGCCCUCUAUCCUGGAACUCACAGCCAAGAUCCUAUUGGUCCUGGCUAGACGACUAAAGUCCCGAGGCACGCUCGCUCAGCAAGGUGCUAUAAAGUUGCUCUUAGGAUUGUCCAUCCCGAAGCAGGGUAACUCCAUGGUUGUCACCGAGACCACCCAAACUGCAUCCCAUGCGCUGGCUCGAAUUCUUAUUUCGGUUGACCCUUCACAUGUCUUUCUGUCGUCUGGGUUUCCCCAAGCCACUUCACCCGUCCGCCCUUUGCUUUCGCUUUUGGUCAUGUCCGAGAACGCAACCUUUUCUGCCGAGCAACCGCGUGACCUCCUUCCCAUCUUUGAGAGCCUCCUUGCUCUGACCAACCUUGCGUCCUACCCCCGUGAUGAUUCCCCCGCCGAACUCAUUGUACGCGAAGGAUGGUCCGCCAUCGAGGAUCUUUUGUUGUCCAGCAACACUCGUGUGCAGCGGGCUGCCUGUGAACUGGUCUGCAACUUGAUGACCUGCGAAUCAGGCAUUGUCAAAUUCGCAGACGCCUCCAAGCGCGCUGCGCAGCGACUUCAUAUUCUACUAGCGCUUACCGAUGCGGACGAUCUCGCCACCCGCCGCGCUGCCGGUGGAGCGAUUGCAAUGUUGACCGACUACGACGCCGCUAUUGCGGCCAUCCUGGAACGACCCCGCGGCGUGGAGCUGUUGCUGGGCCUGUGCCAAGAAGAGGACGAGUCUCUGGUUCACCGUGGAGUGGUAUGUGUACGCAACCUAACCUGCACGGCGUCAGGUGAGAUCGGAGCCCGCGCAAAAGCUGCCGUUCAAGCUGCUGGGGGCAUCGACAUCCUGACAGCGUGCCUUAAGAAGACGUCCAAUCCGGCGGUAUUACAAGCCGGCGUAGAAGCCUUGAAGCCGCUGGUACAACCAUCGCAGUAG